AACAGCAACGAUAUUAGUAACUUCGCAAUUUACAGGCUACAACUUCGCUGCCAAUGCCCAUAGCGCCAAACACUCCUUACGCGCAGCCCCCAAACACGAUCCGACCCGACCUAGACCGCCGAGUUCAAUCGCUCCUGCUUUCUCUCUCUCUCUUCAACUUCCAUCUCGUUACACCAAUUUCUGUCACAUAUUGCCAUCUUUAUUCCCCCUCUCAAUCUCUCCAAUUCUACACUUCAUCAACACUAUUCUUUUUGUUGUAAAACCAUUGCACCAUUUUUUUUGUCAUAUUUUUCUUUGUAUUUUCCGUGUCCCUUUAAUUUUUGAUUUGCUAUAGUUCUGCUCUCUUGUUUCAAUUCGAAUUUCUGCUCCUUUAUUCUUCCUUACAAUUCGUAAAACACACAGCAUUUUCGAAGGAUGUUAAGGAAAUAAUGAUGAGUGAAGGAGGUAGUGCUCAAGCCGCAGCAGCAGCUACUUCUGAUUCUAAUUCACUUGAGUAUCAAGCUGAGGGGAACCAGGGGCAUACAUAUCAAUAUUACCCGUCAGCAGCUGGGUCUGCGCCUGCUCCGUGGCCUGUGCAUGGGGGCGAUCAUCCAAGUUCAGGGAACAGAACUGUACAAAAUGUAAGCUAUCAGUAUAAUCCGCAGCAGUCUAGUACUGGCGCUAACAUGGCAAAUGUGUCUUCUAUUACCUCUACGUCAACAGCUUCAGGGACUGAUAAUGCAUCAAACGUAUAUUCUAGCUAUGCACCAUAUCCAACUUCUACCAAUCCCUAUGGUUAUGCAAGUUCUGAAUACACCAAUUACUAUAGUGGUUACCAGCAGCAGUCUGCUCAACCAUACACUCAAGCUUCUGGAGCAUACCAAAACUCAGGUUCUGCUUAUCAGCCUAUUUCCUCAUUUCCGAAUCCCGGGUCUUAUGCUGGGUCUACAAGUUAUUCAAGCACUUAUUACAAUCCUGCUGAUUAUCAGACGACUGGAGCUUACGCUGGAAGCAGUUACAGCAGCCAGGCUACUGUGUGGAAUCAAGGAAAUUACACAAACUACCCUCACCAGUAUGGAAAUUAUAGCCAUGACUCAAGCAGCAGUUACACUUCUAGCAAUGCUGCUGCAACUACAAAUUAUCAGCAGCAUUAUCAGCAAUGGGCAGAUUAUUACAGUAGUCAGACUGAAGUUACUUGUGCUCCUGGGACAGAAAAUACUGCUGUGACGACUGCAGCUGCUCUUCCGUGUCCUAUCCCGGGAGUUUCUAGUGGUAGUGGGUAUUCAGCUCCUGUCAGUCAGGCACAGGCAUCUUAUACCCCAACUUGGAGGCCUGAAACUAGCCUCUCUGCAUUGCCUUCACAGCAGACAACCAGUACAGUAGGCGCUUAUGAAGAUUACUGGAAACAUGCAACUCAAUCUUUCCAAAAUCAUCAGGAUACUAGUUUGCAGUCCAAUUUUCAGAAGCCUUUACAUGAAAACACCUCUCAUCCUAUUAUUCAGAAUCAGCAGCAGACUCUAGUAACACAGGUAUCCAGUUCACAGUAUACUGAGGUGCAACAGACGCACACACAACCUUUGCAACCCUUUACUCCAGCAGAUACACUCAGAGUAAGCAAACUUCAGAUUCCUACAAAUCCUAGAAUUGCCUCAAAUAUGGCUUUGGCUGUGCCGAGAACUAUUAAAGAAACUGCCACAUCAAGUGUAACAGUAAAGCCUGCCUAUGUUAGUGUCUCAUUGCCAAAACCAAACGACAAGGUUCUGUCUAGUACCUCUGACUCGAAUGCCAAGACUGGGAUGUUCCCAUCAUCACUUCGAGGCUAUGUGGAGAGGGCUUUGGCUCGUUGCAAGGAUGAAAAACAAAGAGCUGCUUGUCAAGAGGUCAUGAAAGAGAAAAUUACUGAAGCAACUGCUGAAGGAACACUCUACUCGCGAGACUGGGACACUGAACCUCUUUUUCCGUUACCUGAUAUAGGCACAGUGAAUAAUGACGGACAGAGUGUAGCACCAGUUAUGUCAUUGUCCACGUUUAAAAGAAGUCCAAGUAGACGAACUAAAAGUAGGUGGGAGCCUUUGCCAGAAGAUAAACCCAUUGAGAAACCAACAUCCACCUGUCAGGAUUCUGCUAGGCAUGGGGUAUGGACUCAUUUCAGUGGAAGGGAAAACAAGUCCUUAGCUGUAAAAUCUGAGAGAAAGAAUGCAACUCUCAGUAGAUUUUCUGCAGUGGAGCAGACUAGUGUUAGUAGAAGCGCCCACAGGCCUGCUAAGAGACAACGAUUUGGUAAUGACUUGAGUGCUACAGAAAAUGGGGAUGCCUCAAGUGAUAGUGACAAGGAACAAAGUUUGACUGCAUAUUAUUCUGGAGCAACCACACUUGCCAACUCACCAGAGGAAAGAAAGAGACGAGAGAAUCGCUCUAAGCGUUUUGACAAUGGAACUGGACAGAGAACCGAGAAUCAUUAUAGACCAAAGAAUGUUAAAUCUGGAAAUUUGUAUGCUAGAAGGGCCACUGCGUUGGUUCUUAGCAGAACCUUUGAAGAUGGGGGUCCUAGGGCUGUUGAAGAUAUUGACUGGGAUUCCCUUACUGUUAAGGGUACUUGCCAAGAGAUCGAGAAACGCUAUUUGCGGCUUACUUCUGCACCUGAUCCAUCGACUGUUAGACCCGAGGAGGUGUUGGAGAAGGCUUUGGAUAUGGUUCAAAAUUCACAGAAAAACUACCUUUACAAAUGCGAUCAGUUGAAAUCAAUUCGUCAAGAUUUGACUGUGCAGAGAAUACGUAAUGAACUAACUGUCAAGGUUUAUGAAACUCAUGCUCGACUUGCUCUUGAAUUUGGGGACUUGCCAGAGUUUAAUCAGAGCCAAUCACAGUUGAAAUCCCUCUAUGGUGAAGGAAUUGCAGGUUGUCGCAUGGAAUUUUCUGCUUACAAUUUGCUUUCUGUCAGCUUACUCUCCAAUAACAGGAGAGAUCUGCUAUCAUUGAUGUCAAGAUUAUCUGAUGAAGCUAAAAAGCAUGAAGCUGUGAAGCAUGCACUCUCUGUUAGGUCGGCUGUCACAUCAGGGAAUUAUGUGCUGUUCUUUAGACUGUAUAAAUCAGCACCUAAUUUGAACACUUGUCUCAUGGAUUUGUGUGUGGAAAAAAUGCGCUUUGAGGCUGUGAAAUGCAUGUCUCGUACUUUUCGGCCUACCAUUCCUGUUUCAUAUGUUGCUCAAGUUUUGGGAUUCAGCAGCACAUCUGAAGGUGAAGCAAGUGAUGAGAAAGAUGUGGAUGGAUUGGAGGAAUGCACGGAAUGGUUGAAGGCGCAUGGUGCAUGUCUUAUCUCAGAUAAUAAUGGUGAAUUGGUGGUUGAUGCAAAGGUUUCCUCGUCUAGUCUCUACAUGCCUGAACCUGAAGAUGCCGUGGCUCAUGGAGAUGCCAAUCUUGCUGUGAAUGAUUUCUUCACACGAGCAUCCACGUGAUUGUUUUGAUACUAAGAAAAUUGAGAUAGCAUAGGAUAACAUGGGGAGAAACAAAUAUCUUUCGGCCAUCAAGGGUAUACCUGAUAAUGAGAAAACCACAAUUUAUGGGGCAGGGCUAGAAUUUUAGAAAGUCCGGGCCUCUGGAGAUUGUGGAGGGGUUGGUGCUGUUAUGGAUAAUACUUGCUUACUUUCUUACUUUAAAGGUGAGAUCCUUUAUCAAUGCAUUUCUUUCGAGAUGCGAAUCAUAACCUGGAACUGCAGAGUUGGGGAGUCUGGCACAAGCACACUGCUGAGUGGCUUCUAGAGGCGCAGAGGCCUUAUAGCAAAACUAAACAAAGUGAUUUGUUGAAGAUUAGUCUGUAAACGUGUUAGAGAGUUUAGCUGUAUGUAACAUCUAUUCAUUCUUGUUCUACCGAACCGUACAUAUAGGCAAGAAUAGCAACAUGAAUAAAGCUCGCCGUCUUUGAAUUUUGUGUAAGCUUAUCAAUUUUGUUUUAUUCAUUUUUGCACAAUUUGUGUUUGGCCAUUAAGAACUAGUACAUCGUAUGCUCGUAUUCUAGCGGCUCUCCCCCUAUUUUGGGCGGUUGUAUUAAGUUAUGGUACCAAAUCUUAUCCUGCUUGAACAUUGGCAUUUUCUUGUAGAAGCACACUGAUUGGGUAACUGUUCCAUAUAUACGAAGUGUAUAAUGACAGUCUUAUCUUA